UCUAGUGGGCGACCACAUUAAAUUCAAUCUGUGUAGCACACAAGUGUUUGGAACAUGUGGAAAUUUUACUGUCAAUAGUCUCAGAUAAUUUUCGUAGCGCGCCCUAAAAAUGCCCGAAAAGCCUUCAGCAAAGUCGGCUCCAAGGCCCCUGACCAGCAUAAAGGGGACCAGGCCUUCCACAUCCUCAUCCAAUCCCACCUCCAGCAGGAACAGACCCACAGGAACUGGAGUGGCUCGACCACCUUUGCCUAAUGCACACGAUAGGAUUUGGAAGAUCAUGAAGAUGUAAUAGUAUCUUCAAAUAUUCGGUCCCCAAAUUGGAUCAACGUUUUAAAUCCUGAUAUUCUUUUUUAUAAAAUGUACGGAUUAUUUGACGAAUAAAGCGCUGAAUAAAGCGAAUAAAUCCCAAAA